AUGGGAGGAUGUCUGAGUUCGACCGGCGUCGGGUCGGACGAGAUCGCGGAGCAGAAAAAGAAGAGCCAGGCCAUAGACAGAGUCCUGGAAGAAGACAUGAAGCGGCUCAAGAAGGAGUGCAAGAUACUGCUCCUCGGUUCCGGAGAGAGCGGCAAGUCGACCAUCGUAAAACAGAUGAAGAUUAUCCACCAGAACGGCUACACGGUCGAAGAGCUCUCCAUGUACCGUCUGACAGUAUACAAGAACCUGCUCGACUGCGCCAAGUCGCUCGUCUGGGCCAUGCAUCAGUUCGAGAUACAGCCGUCUAGCGCCAAAGUGAGAGACUUUAUGGACUACCUGCUCGACUACAACGUCGACCCGGACCCCAAUGUCUCCCUCGAGCUCAAGGUGGGGGAUGCAAUCACAUAUCUCUGGAACGACCCCAGCAUACCGGCCGUCCUCGAGCGCCAGAACGAGUUCUAUCUCAUGGACUCUGCCCCAUACUUCUUCGAGGAGGCAAAGCGGAUAACGACGCCGGACUACAUACCCAACGAAGCAGACGUCCUGCGCGCCCGAACAAAGACCACCGGUAUCUACGAGACCAGGUUCACAAUGGGCCAGCUAAGCAUCCACAUGUUCGACGUAGGCGGACAACGAAGUGAGCGCAAAAAGUGGAUCCAUUGCUUCGAGAACGUCACCUCUAUAAUCUUCUGCGUCGCCCUCAGCGAGUACGACCAGGUCCUGCUCGAGGAAAGCAACCAGAAUCGCAUGAUGGAGAGUCUCGUCCUGUUCGACUCCGUCGUCAACUCGCGCUGGUUCAUGCGCACCUCCAUCGUCCUCUUCCUCAACAAGGUCGAUCUCUUCCGCCAGAAGCUCGGCCGGUCACCGCUAAAUAAGUACUUCCCGGACUACUCGGGAGGCAACGACGUCAAUCGCGCGGCCAAGUACCUGCUCUGGCGGUUCAACCAGGUCAACCGCGCGCACCUCAAUCUCUAUCCCCAUCUGACGCAAGCAACCGAUACGUCGAACAUCCGACUCGUGUUUGCAGCCGUCAAGGAAACCAUAUUGCAGAACGCACUCAAGGACUCGGGCAUAUUAUAA